CUUUCGACAAUUGAUGUUGGUUCAUUUCUACGAGUUGUAUGUUUAUGUUGUGUAUCGUGUUAGCCAAAGUUGGAUUCACGGAGCGUUCACCGACGAAAUAACACGAAGAUGUCACAUUUAAGCAGCGCAUCGGACGAUCUGCUGAGAAGGUGAUCGGUUGCAGCCUGCCACCUCUUCAGGACAUGUAUGUCUCCAGGACCCAGAGACGUGCAGGUCGGAUCAGAGCUGACCCUUCUCGUCCUGGACAUGGACUGUUUGCUGUUAUUGUUAUUAUUAUGCUUUGUUCAUUGUUGCACGUUGCUCCAAAGCACUUUCCUAGUUGGUGGGACCCUCGCUGACCUUGGGAAUAAUCCUGAUUCUAAUUAAACGCAUGUAGAAAAAAUAAAACACCGCUUUUUCAGACUAAUGACGUCAUACACUCUCCAGUACAGUAGGUGGCGGUAAUUUGCUUUUACAGCGUUUACCCCAGCGAACCUCUUAAACAGUUGUGUUGCGUUUUCAAGUAAGGAUCGCGCCAUCCUUGCAUUCACAUGUCUACGCCGCUGUGUGCCUGCGGUGUAGACUAUGGAGGCCGGGACCCUGCAGGGUCUUGUUGCCGCCGCGGCUUCCGUCCACUCUGGGCGGGCAGCUGUCACUUAUGACAGCGGCGUCUCUGCGGCAGCGCCGGUGACGCUGCUGUACAAAGAUCUGAUCCGACUCUCGGAGGAACUGGGCCAAAAACUGCAAGCCAGCGUGACCUUAAAGUUUGGCCUCAUUGGACUCUACUAUAGCGAUGAUCUGUUCAUACCUGUGUGGAUCCUGGGAAUCCUGUUCACAACUAACGCCUACGUGCCGCUGGAUCCAGAUGCUCCCGGACUUCUGUCAGCCCGGGUGAUGGCCAAUUGCGGCCUCAAGUACUGCGCGGUUCACUCCGACCUUCUGCAGCAAUUCCAGAAUGCAGUUGCUGAUCACAUGACUGUGGAGAUCAUUGAGACGCUGCCCAAGUUCAAACUUACCCUGGUGCAAGUGGAGCCGGUGCAGACUGCAGAACCCAGGUCAGGAAUGAAGCUUCCCAAACACCGUGGCUCGGGCGGACGAGAUGUGGCGUAUGUCCUGCACACGUCUGGAACCACAGGUCUUCCAAAGAUUGUGAGGGUCCCACAUGAGUGUAUCCUACCCAACAUCCUGCACUUGAGCUCUUUGUUUCAGGUGGUGCCGGAUGACCUCGUUUUUUUGGCCUCGCCUUUGACCUUCGACCCAUCUGUCGUGGAUAUUUUUGUGGCCCUGUCGUCUGGGGCGCAGCUGCUGAUCAUACCAAACGUGAUCAAAAAAAUCCCCAACCAACUUUCCCACCUACUCUUCCAGAGCCACAAGACGACCGUGCUGCAGGCCACGCCCACCCUGCUCAGUCGAUUUGGGCAUCGCGUCUUGAAACAGGUGGUUUUGUCCUCUGACUCUUCCUUGAGAGUUUUAGCUCUGGGUGGCGAAGCGUGUCCGUCACCGUCCCUGCUCGGCAGCUGGAAGCAUGAGAAGAACAAAACCAUCAUCUUCAAUGUUUAUGGCAUCACUGAGGUGUCCUGCUGGGCCUGCUGUUAUAAAAUCCCUCCGUCCCUGCUGCGUUCCAACGACACCUCCUCCUCUGUACCGUUGGGAUCUCCACUGAUGGCCACUUCAGUGGAAGUUCAAGACGAGAACGGCUGUGUUGUCACUGAGGGGGAAGGCCAGGUCUUCAUAGGUGGGGUCAACAGAGUUUGCCUCUUGGAUGAUGAAGAUGUGGUCCACCCUGGAACGAUGAGAGCCACCGGAGACUGGGUGAGCAUCAGAGACUCCCAGCUCUACUACCUGGGCCGCAAAGACAGGAUGAUAAAGCGCCAUGGGAAACGGGUCAAUCUGGACGGCGUACAGCAGGCCAUAGUGGGUCUUCCUGCCGUAGAAGCGUGUGCCGUGUGUCUGCAUGACGGUUUGCGGCUGGUUGCUUUUGUGGUCACGUCCACAUCUGGAGGCCACACUCUGGCCAUGUCAGCUGAGCACCCUGAUGAGAUGGACGUUGCAGAAGCCCGUGAGAGGAGACGUAUUUUGGAGCAGCUGUCGGCGCGUCUUCCCUCCUACUGUGUCCCUGACUCUUUGGUUCUGGUCUCAGCCUUGCCUUUGACUUCCCACGGUAAAGUGGACACAAAGUCUCUCUUGAAUACGUACCGGAUGCAGAGGGAGCUGAGGCUCAGUCAGGUCACAGAUGUUCACACGCUGAAGGCUGUACUGCAAACUCUGUGGCUGAACUCUUUGGGUCUUGUCGCGGAUGUUGAUGAUGAGUCCACCUUCAUCAGGAGCGGAGGGGAUUCUCUGAAGGCUGUACGUUUCUGUGAGGACGUCCAGUCAGCAGUCGGAGCGACCUCAGCUCAACUGCUGGAGGUUGUUCUUGAGCAGACCUUCUCUGACGUGCUCCACCACGUUGCUGUGUUAAAAAACAUCCUGCCGCCUGAAGGGAAGACGAGAUCCAAGAGAAAAGCGGCUGAAGCUCCGUCAGAAGCACCAGCUGAGAAGGACAGCAGAGCAGAUGAGCUGGAGAAGCGGACGGGGAAGGUUGUUCGACGAGCAGCUGAUGUGAUGGAACUGAACGGAACUGUCCAACUUUCAGGGAUAAAUGCCAAUGUUCCGGUGGCUAAUGUGAAGUCCAGCAAGCUUGGUCUCAGUCUGAGCUGGUCCUCAGACACUGGCAGAUGUGUGGAUGCCUCACCGGUUCUUCUGAUCCGAGAUCCACUGCAAGCUAAGUCCACUGUGUUCAUCGGCUCCCACUCACACAGGCUUCAAGCAUUAGAGCUGGAGAGUGGGAGUCUGCUGUGGGAGCGAGUCCUCAGUGGACGGAUCGAGGCCUCCGCUGCAGUUUCGAUCUGUGGACGUUUGGUGAUUGUAGGUUGCUACGACGGCCGCGUGCACUUCCUGAGGGCUGACUCUGGAGAGACCGAGUGGACGUUUGAAGCAAAAGAUGCUGUGAAGAGCAGCGCUGUCGUGGACCCCCUCACCGGUCUGGUGAUCGUGGGGUCACAUGACGGCUGUGUUUACGCCCUUGAUCUUGAAGUUCAUCGGUGUGUUUGGCAGCGUCAGUGUGCAGCAGGAGCAGUGUUUUCCUCCCCGGCUGUGCAGACAUCCAGCAGGCGUCUGUACGUUGCCACGCUUGGUGGAAGGCUGCUGUGCCUCAGUCCCAUUGACGGCGAGGUCAUGUGGUCGUACUCUGGAAGCAGUCCUUUCUUCUCCUCACCUAACUGCUCUUCCGGUCAUGUGAUCGUCGGCUCAGUGGACGGAAACAUCUGCUCCUUCAGUGAAGCUGGGAAGCAGCUAUGGCAGCACCCGACCAAAGCUCCAGUGUUCUCAUCACCGUGUGUCACUCUGGACGGAAGCUUUGUCCUGUGUGGAUCCCAUGACGGCUUCCUUCACUGCCUCAGUCGUGCAGACGGAUCCCAUGCCUGGAGUUUCCAGACGAGCGGGAAAGUUUACUCGAGUCCGUUUGUGUUUGACGGCUCAACCGCAGGCUGGAGCGGGGCUCUUGUGUGUGUUGCCUCCACGGAUGGAACCCUUUAUAUCCUGGACUGUGAGGACGGACGCCUGCUGACGUCUCACCGUCUUCCAGGGGAGCUGUUUUCAUCUCCGGUGGUGUACGACGGCCAUGUGGUCAUCGGCUGCAGGAAUGAUUACGUGUAUUGUUUAAAGCUGGAUGUCACCUCACACCAAGCUACACCAUGAAGCUGAUGUGUCAAGUCUUUGAAAAAUGUUUUCUAUUAUAUCUUUUUUAAAUAUGCAAAAGGGCAUCACUGGUUCAUUUUUUAAAUCUUAUGUUUAC